AUGCUUGCGCAAGUUGCGCGACGCCGUUCACAGCGCCGCCUUUCGCGUGUCGCAAACCAGCUUUACCUCCCAUGGCUCUGCCCGGCCUUGUUGAGAGGCAAUGCCUCGCUCAGCCCUAUCGCUCGAGACUCUGACAAUCGCGCCGCCCAGCAAAGAUCACGAGCAGCGGCGAGCUCGUCCUUACGCACCUUAGCUACCUCCGCAGCCGCUGCCUCCGCUGCCUCCGCCGCCUCCGCCGCUGCCACUGCCGAAAGCAUAAGCCAGAUCAGAGCCUCCCCCGUCUUCGAUCGAAUAUCCCAAGAAAGCCUGGCCCGCGCACGAGGCCUGCAAAACCCGUCCGACUCGUCCCAACCGCUCCAAUGGAAGAAUUCACAACCGCUGGUCGUCCCAAUCUCGACGGUAGCGGCGCCGCCGCGCCUAAACUAUUUCCAUGGCAUUGGCGGCGAUCCGACAGAGCUGCACUCGAACCUGCACGCCUGUCUGCGCGUGGGGCGCCUCGAUCGGGCCGCGGCGCUGCUGCGGCGGAUGCGCGAGAUGUACAAUCCCAACGCAGCGGAGCUACUCGAGGCGAACAACGUGUACCUGCUGCACUUGGUGGAGCGCUUGUUGACCAAGCAGCCCGAGUAUACGAUGAACACUCUGAGCACGUGGUUUGAGAGUGAAAUGAUGGAUAACGAUAUCCAGCCAGAUGCCGUGACGUACACGUGCAUGCUGCGCGCUGCGAUCUUGACCAUGGACGGACCCAAGCGGGAAAGGUUGGUUAGGCGAUACAUGUGGCUUGCGGAACAGUCUGGGGUUCUGGAGAGCGUGCUCACGAACGAAGCAUGGUCGGAUGAUGAGUACGCAGUGCUGGCGGAGAUCAGACCGGAUCUAGUUGGGGAAGUACCAGAAAACUCGGAGGAGCCAGUGCAAGAGAAGCGCGAGUAUCUUGGAGAGCUAGUGCCUCGGCCAGCUACCUCUGACACCGAAAUCCCAGAACUUAGAUCCGUGCUGCAGAAAGGCGCUGGCUUGAAAACGGUCAAGGCGGCGCUGUCAAUCUUCUCGAACCCAAAAGAGCUCGAGAAAAAUCUGCCUUAUCCUCACGAUCUCUAUGGAUAUACCGACGAAGAGAAGGAUCAAGUGUACGCGCGCAUGCGGCAGGAUCGUCUGGAAGAGGACAGCAUCGACGCAGCCAUUGAACGGUGGCGCGAGGAGCACCAAAACAUGCAGAAGAUGGGUAUUACUUCUGCAUUGCAGACCAAGCCGGUGGAGGCUCUCAUGUGGCAAUGGUACAGCGCUAUGGUGCCACUAUUCAAGCAGGAGUUGAAGAGCAUCAGUACAGCGUACGAUGAGAAGGAGACUACCGACACUUCGGACGACCGCCUGGUUGUUGGACCAUUUUUGGAAGCCUUUACCGCGGAAAAACUGGCAGCGACGUCGCUGAUCGUGACAGUUGCAGCCUUUGGUUCUCCCGAUAACCAUUCAGGCAUCAAGGUUGCGCACAUUGCCAUGAGCAUUGGAAAGCAGCUGGCAACAGAACAUAGCGUGAUGGUGGCUCAAAGCAUCCAGUCGAACCACUCUAUGUACAAGACGACUUCGCCCCGCCGGCUUAAGACUUUGCUGAAGUACUCCAAGACGAUCAAUCCGAACCAGACGAAGCCAUCGGAAGUCUCCGAGACGAUCGAUCCGAGCCAGACGAUGCCAUCAGGCGACGCCAAGGAUGGAGAGUCCUCUACCAAAAACUACGAGUUUCUGAAAGAGCUGGAAUGGGCGCCUUUAAUCAAGGCAAAGAUAGGUGCCCUGUGCUUGUCAAAGAUCCUCGAGGCUGCCAAGGUCCCGGUCACACGUGAAGAAAAAGAGACGCGAAAGCAACUUACUUCCACCGAACCGGCUUUCCAGCACACCACGGUCUAUGUGUCUGGUCGAAAGGCCGGCAUGAUUCAACUGCACUCACAUGUGAUGGAGAAGCUUCGGAGAGAGCCCCUCCGUGGUUCUUUCGGCACAAAGUACCCCAUGGUUGUCGAGCCCUUACCUUGGACAGGAUACAAAAAAGGAGGAUAUUUCCGCUAUCCCGAGCCCAUCAUCAAGGAGAAGAAGUUCGAUGAUGCCCAGCGAAUCUAUGCCAUGGCCGCAAUUGAGAAGGGCGACAUGGACCAGGUCCUAGCCGGCCUUAGUGUCCUUGGUAAGACGGCAUGGAAGGUCAACAGGGAUGUGUUUAGAGUGGUAGUCGAGGCCUGGAACACGGGCGAGCCCAUUGGUGGUAUCGCGCCGGAAAACCCGAAGAUGGACUAUCCACCAGAGCCACUCCCGGAUGCUCCGAAGAGAGAGUUUGUGCAAUGGUUUCUGGAGAAGAAGAGGAUUGACAACUUAAAGACCGGCUUCCACGCGCAGCGCUGUUUCCAGAACUUCCAGCUCGAGGUCGCCCGCGCUUUCAAGGACGAAAUCUUCUACUUCCCGCACAACAUGGACUUCCGUGGCCGCGCUUACCCUAUUCCUUCGCUGCUCAACCACUUGGGUGCUGACCUCGCACGUGGACUGCUCACUUUUGGAAAGGGUAAAGAACUGGGCUCGGUGGGGCUCACAUGGCUCAAAAUCCAUCUUGCGAACGUUUUUGGAUACGACAAAGCCAGCUUGAAAGAUCGAGAAGCAUUCGCCGAUGAACACCUCCAGGACAUAUAUGACUCGUGCGAGAACCCGUUGACUGGCCGGAAAUGGUGGCUCACAGCCGAGGACCCAUGGCAGUGCCUCGCAACCUGUUACGAACUCAAACAUGCAUUGGACUCCCCCGAUCCUUCGCGAUAUGUGUCGCAUCUCCCGGUUCAUCAGGAUGGAACCUGCAACGGCCUUCAACACUACGCCGCCCUCGGUGGUGACCGGGCUGGUGCCGCUCAAGUAAACUUGGAGCCCGGAGACAAGCCUUCAGACAUUUAUUCUGCCGUGGCAGAGAUCGUCAAAAAUUACGUUGCCGAGGAUGCGAAAGCAAAUGUCGCGUUUGCAAAAACCUUGAACGGCAAGAUCACUCGUAAGGUUGUCAAGCAGACCGUCAUGACAAACGUCUACGGCGUCACCUUCACCGGUGCCCGCCUGCAGGUCAUCAAACAGCUUGAGGAUAUCCUCCCUGAGGAAGACCAGAAAACAGGGUUGUUCGCAAUGGGCGGCUAUGUCGCGAAAUUGAUCUUCAAAGCUUUGGGCCAAAUGUUCAACGGCGCGCAAGAUAUCCAGGACUGGCUUGGAGCAUGUGCAAAUAGGAUCGCCACUGCGAUCACCCCCGAGCAAAUCGACAUGAUCAAAGCGCAUGCGGAGGCCGGCACGAUUGCAGAGGAUGGCCUUGACCCACGCUUCCGAAAGAGAAAGACCAAGGCUAAGAAGAAGACCCUCACGGCCCAGGACAUAUCGGCGCAGUUCCGCGCUACCGUCAUCUGGACCACACCCCUCAGAAUGCCCGUGGUGCAACCCUAUCGCCGGACGAAAACUCGUGAGAUCACCACUGUUCUGCAGUAUCUCACCAUCACCCAGCCUUCAAACACCGACACUGUCGACAAACGCAAGCAGCUCCAAGCCUUCCCGCCAAAUUUCAUCCACUCGCUCGACGCCACGCACAUGCUUCUCUCGGCACUCAAGUGCAACGAACUUGGUCUCUCGUUUGCCUCCGUCCACGACUCCUUCUGGACGCACGCCGCUGACAUUCCGCUCAUGAACCGCGUACUGCGCGAUGCUUUCGUGCGCAUGCACUCGGAGGACAUCGUAGGCCGCCUUCACGAGGAAUUCACCAUCCGCUACAGAGACUGUCUGUACCUCGCCACGGUGCCGUCGAGCUCGCCGCUCGCCCAGCGCAUCAUGGAACUGCGCAAGACCAACGCCCUCAAUGCCUUGAAGAAAAAGCCGCUCUCGAAGCAGGUGCUGAUCGAGGAGAUGGUGACCGAGCGCGAGCGCCAGAGGCUGCUGAACAGCGCGAACGAGGAGGAGCGCGCCCAGGGUCGCGCCAUGGUGACGCCCGCCUCGCUCUACGCGGCCGCCCGCGAAGAAGAGCUCGCCCACGGCGACGCCGCGCUCGACGUCCACACCGAGGAGGAGGUGAACAUCACUCGUCUGGGCGACAUGGCCGGCGCCACCGACACCGCACCCACGAAGCGUGCCGGCAAGAAGGCACCCACCGCCGCCGAGGACGAGAUUGACGCGAUGGAAGAAGAAGAAGCCGAAGGCGACGAAAAUGAUAUGCUCGAGGGCGUCAUGGGCGAGCAUCACUCGUCUGCCGCGGAGCACGGAGCAGAGCAGGACGGCAAUGAGGGGGCCGAGGAGAAGCAGCCGGCUGCGAGCACGAGUAGAUGGAGAUCUAGGACGACACUCACCAAGUUUUGGCUGCCGGUCGAUUUCCCGGCCGUGCCCAAGAAGGGCGAUUUUGACGUCACGCGGUUGAGGGAAAGCACGUACUUCUUCUCGUAA